AUUGAACUCAUAAAUUUUCUACUCAACCCUGUACUUCGAAAAGAAGAAUUUGACCCAAGUUCAGCAUUUUAACUAAUUUGUAAUUUUAAACCUUAAUUAAUAAACUCUAAUAUUUGAAAUAUAAUAAUCAAAUAAUUUAAGACAAAGAGCAUCAAACAAUUGUAACAUUGAAUAAAGUUAAUUGCUGAUAAUCAAACUUGGGGUAGUUGCAAAUCGAUUUGUCUACCUUUGUGUCCUUAAUAGAAAUAUAUUUGUUAAAAAAUUGACUUUUGGUUCAGACGAAACCUUCAAAAUUCAUUAAAAAUGAAACCCUCAAUGGCCACAGCACCUCCAUGUGACACAGCAACGCUUAGUCAUACUUAUAAUCAAUUCGCAGCUAUGUAUAGUCAAUGGAAUGAUUGCGAAAAGACACUUGUAAUUAAUACAGUUUUUAAGCUGCUUCCAUUUGCAAAUAUUAAAUUACUUUCAAAUUCAAUCGAUCAUCAUUUGGAAAAUCAUUUCAACAAACCACAUCGAGUGUCACAUUUGGAAGACGCUGCUAAUGCAACAACCUUCCUUAACAAGCUUUUCCAAAAGUAUAAAACAUUGACAGUAACUGAAACCAGUGAUAAAAAUGACAAAAAUUGCGAAAAAGAAGACAAAACAAAAGAAGAAAAAAAUUUGGAAGACAAUCUCGUCGCUAAAUACUCAAACAAAGAAGAAAUUGCUUCCGAUCUAUUGAUGUAUCUGCCAUUGUUACGAUCAAAUAAUGACGAAUGUAAGAAAGCCUACAUGCAGUUCGUACCACUGAUACUUGAAGAUACAACAAAAAGCGUCUUACCUGCUAUUCUAAUUCAGCAAUAUUUAACUUAUUUGAUGAUCCAUCCUAUGAUAAAAAAUGACGAUCAAUUGUUGUUGAAACAAUGGCAACGUAAACUCGAAGAAUAUUUUGCAACUGCCUACAUUGAAAACUUUACAAACAGUAGUUUUAACUUCACAAUUGAUAGCAAUUCAUCCUUAGCUCCUUCAUCUUGUAGUAGUUUAUUAACUUCAAGCUCGACAUCCUCGUCAUGGCUUCCAUUAACACCCGACUCUGACUGGCAUCUUUCUAAGACUCAAGAUUUGUGGGAUUCUCGUGUAUUUACAUUGCCAAACAGUUUUGAUACUGAUAAAACUCAGUCAGGUUAUCCAACACCAAUUGGAAAUAAAAAUCCAUUGCAAACCAACUUCAAUAGCAUUGGAAAGCCUUUUUCUUCCACUUCUAACAGUGAACACAACGCAUCAUUCUCGCAGAAUGGCAAAGAAGUCACUGAUGAAAUUGUCAUUGAAGGACUAUCAAAUCAAGAAGAAAAGAAAGAAAGAACAACUUCGAGAUUUGAUAAAAUUUUUAAAUUGGAAGAAAAGAAAGAUGAUAAACCAGCGCAUUUUAGUGAUCAUGUCAUCAAUCUUUAUGGUUCGUAUGGUGACGAAAAUGUAAAUAAUUUAACAAAAAGUACAAAUAGUUUGACAACUUCAAUAAGUGGUGAUUCGGGAAUCUCAAUGUUAUCUGAUAAUGCUCCAGAAUUUACGAAGAUCAAAAAGGUAUCUGAUACAACGCGUUCUUCAGAAAGUUCGACCUCAUCACGCAUUGAUGAGCUUAAUAAAAUGAGUAAUUUACAAUACGCCAGUCCAUCGAAUCACAUUGGCAUGGGACAUAUUUGUGUAUGGCUAAAGAGUUUACGAUUGCAUAAAUACUUUUGGCUCUUCAAUGAUAUGACCUACGAGCAGAUGAUGGAAAUUACAGAAGAAUUUUUGGAAGGUUUAGGAGUUACAAAAGGUGCCCGCCAUAAGCUCUUCUUAUGUAUUCAAAAACUAGCUGAUCGUGUUCCAGUGCUAAAGCAAUUGGUUCAAGAUUUGAUUGACGAUGGUAAACCUCUAAAGACAGUUUUAGAUGAGCUUACAAACAUCAUUUUAACUCCAAUGAAGCCAAUAAACACAGUUCCGUACGAUGAAGAUGUUGCGUCACAUGUCAUGAGACUUCUUGAUUGUGCAUUCCAAUUACUGAUGAAUGUAAAAUUUAUUCAAAACUGCGACGAAGAAUGUUUUUCUGCUUUUAAUUGGCUUGUCGACAAAGCUUUGUAUCAUGAUUCAUUCGCACAACAAAUCACUCGCUUAAAAGAGUUCAAGUAUAAGAUACAACGAUUGAAGAUUCAAUAUGGCCAUAAUAAGUUUAAUUUCAGCAGUGGCAGUAAAGGAAAUAAAUUAAAAUGGAACACUUCGAAACAAUUGAAGACAAGUGCGCAAAGUAGUGAAAGUCAAGUGAAAUACUGCCGCAAAAAUAUGAUGCAAUAUUAUGGCUUUCCAUCUCUAAAUCAAAGCAAUAAAAGUUAUGGUAAUAACUUAUCAGUGAACCUGUCAAAUUUCCAAAAAUCAGCAAGUCGUGAGAAACUCAAUCAAUUUUCGUUGAUACAGCAACAACAUCAUCUUCAGUUCAACAACCAACAAACCUUUUCACAGAUUACCCAAUUAAAUCCACAAUAUUAUCGUCAUUCUAUGAAUAAUCCAAUGGGUUUCAAUAUUAAUCAACAACAGGUUCGAAACAGCAGUUGUUCUGACCAACAAAAUCUGUUGAGCACAACUUUCAUAUCGUCGAGUGACUUAUCAUCGCAUGAGAAGACCCAAGAUUCUGGUUUAAGUAUGAGUUUCAACUCAACAGCAGCAAGUGUCAACGACGUUAACAAUCGUUUGGAAUCUCUUUGUCUUCAGAUGGCUGAUCAAGCUAUUGAAUAAUUUACUACCUUUCAAUCACAUAACUCACUGGUAUGUUGAACUUUUUAUAAUCUUUUUAACUUCAGUUGUUUUAUUACGAAAAUGUUGUCAGUGCUUGUUUUUUUAAUGUUUACUGUUUUUAAAGUUCUUCCUUUCAAUCUGACACAAAGCAUUUCACUUUACGAAUUGAAAGUUUUCCUUCUUUACAUUUAUAGAGCUUUAUUUUGCCUGGUUAGAAUAACGAAAUUUUUUUUAUGCAUAGAAUUUUCAUUUCAUGAUAAUUCAUAUUGAUCCGGAAAUAAUAAUCAAAAUCGAUAAUUUGACAAUAAGAUGUUCUUAAAAAUUACUUGUGAUUUUCAAUUCGAUGUUGAAGAAAAAUAAAUGGAAAAUGUAAAGAAAAUCAGUUUUUUGAUCUUAGAGUUAAUAAAUAAAAUUCAUUUAUCUGA